UGUAGUCAAAGGAAAGAUGGCGAACGAACUGGACAGAGUGCGAAUCUCAGCUGCGGAACUCCGAGCUGAAGCGUCGAAUGCGGUUAAUUUUACUGACUGCCAGAGAGAGGAACAAUAUGUACCCAAGCAACAUAGAAGGCGUGAAGGAAAGCGCCCUGAUCUGCAGCGCUACCAGCCGGUAGCUGGACAUGGACGGCGCCACCGUGACAGUGAGGAGGGAGAGACUGGUCAAAGUGAUCCCCAGGCUACUAAUGUACUUGAGUAUGAUAAACCAUCACAGGGUGAGAAAAAGGGUGUCUCUGAAAAAGUUUUAGAGUGCACAGAUGGUGGGAUGCUUACCGACAAAAUGGAAGAAGAUAGGAUGAGAGGUGAUGGUAGUAACAACCAGAACUGUAGAAAGGACCGCUACUCACAGGCUAAAAUUGAAGCAAAUCAAGAAAAAGGCUUUGUUGAAAAUGACAGAGAACACCAGGAACCUGCUGGAGCUGCUAAACAACCAGCAAAGAAAGCUCGAAAGCCUGACAGAGAAUUUUAUCAACCUGGGAGCAGGAGGAGCAUCCAGGGAAAGGACUGUGGAGUUGGAAGAGAACAGGAUAAACCUCCCCCAAGGAAUCAUGAGCAGAAAACUGAGGUAGAAUCCCAGCUGAGUGCAGGGGAUAUAGAGGGAAACAAAAAACCAUCCACUCAGAAGCGGGGAGGGAAAGGUAAAGAAGUAAAAGGUGUACAGGAAAACGUAAAAUUGUCUAAACCUAGUGAAACAAACAAAAAGCAAGGAAGCCGGGAUGUUCAUAAACCACCAUUACCGUCUGAUGCUUCAGUGGAGAAAAUUACUAGCAAAGUAGAAAAACUCAGCAUGAAAGAUAAGGGUAAAGUGGGAUGUGAAGACCAAGAUGUUGAAGAGUUAAGCUGCAGGACAGGGGAAGCGACUGGUAAGGGAAGCCAAGGCCAAGGGGGAGGAACAAAAGAUGAAGAAGAAAAGAUAGAGAAGAAGAGGGAAAAGGGAAACCGCAGGAGAAGAGGAGGGGAGAAGGAAAAGGAGAGGAAUCAGGAUUCUAGAAGAGGAGACAAUGAAGUUGGUAGUGGAGGAAAGGGUGACCAGGGAAAAGUUGAGAAAGAGCGAGACAGGAAAUCAGCAGAAGCAGAUCGAGAUAACAAACCAGGUAAAACAGGAGAGACACACCAAAGUAAAGGAAGAGAGAAUCGCAGAGAAAACAGAAGAGGAGACAACAACAACAACCGUUCUAGAGAAGCUGAAAAGGAUGCUCAGACAGAAAAAAAUGUAGACAUGACUGUAGAAAGAGUUGAUAGAAAUAAACCCAGUGCUAACAUUACAACACCAUCCUCAAAACGAUAUUCCAAAUCAGAUAUUCGACGCCCGCGGAAUCGAACUUACAGCAGUAGCUCAGCCAGCAGUGUGACCAGCCUGGAUGGUCCAGGACUAGGGAUGGAUGUGGAACGUACCAAGUGGCAGCGCUUGCAGCAUAAGCACAUUAACAAAGAGGAGAUGACUAAUAGUGGGGAAGGACGAAGGAGUCAUUUGCAAAGCUGGACAACCUAUGGAGAAUCAUCUACAGAAUCAAUGGAAGGGAGUGAGAUGAGUGAUAUAGCAGAAAAUAGAAGGAGGAGAAGAAGAGGAGGGGAGGAAGAGCUAAGUGCAGCGAGGCGGAGGGAAGAAAGGAACAGACCAAAGGGAAACAAAGCUGGAGGCAGAGGAAUCCUAAGGGUGUCUCUGGAAAAACAUUCAGGUACUUUGCCACGUAGUGGGGAUGCACAGCAUUGUAAGCAAGGCACGGCUCCUCGUGGCAGAGGUGGGGGUAUCCUGGUGCUUCCAGCCCGCACAGACAUCUCUAAUUCACCUGAGGUUGGACAGAGACUUCUUUUUGGUGGAAUCAGGGGAGGAGCAACUGGCAGUAGUAGAGGAGGCAGAGGGGGAGGAGUGAGGCGACUUUGGGAUCCCAAUAACCCAGACCAAAAACCUGCUCUUACCAGCAACCAGUCAUCACAGCACAAAUCUCUCCAACAGCCUGUAUAUCUUCAGGCAGGGACUGGAUACGGACAGCUUCACUUUCUGGACACAGAUGAUGAGGUAGCAGGCAGUCCUCCAGUCCCACAGGGUGAGAGCUUUCGAUCCCAGCAGGCUGCUGCUAUGGCCUACUACAAAUUCCAAAACUCUGACAACCCCUACUGCUACCCCAUGCCCACCAGCAACCCACAUAAUCCCAGCACCACCACCAGCCAACGCUAUCCAUAUCCUUAUCAUAUGGGGCCGUACCAAAUGGCUCCCCCUAAUGGAAUGUACCAGGGCCCUGGUGUGGGUCAGUUCUGUGGGACUUACAGAGGAGCAGGUUAUUCUCAGCCAGGAGGUGGUUUGACAUUUGAAGAGGUGGAGCAACAAGCCAGAGGGGAGCUGGGGAGGCUGUUGAGGGCUGCAGAUUCACAGGAGCUUCAGCUUAGUAACCUGCUGUCCAGGGACAGAGUGAGUGCUGAUGGACUGGACCGCAUGGCCCAGCUCAGAGCUGACCUUUUGGGGCUGUAUGAGCAGGUCAUCCUCACCGACAUUGAAUUCUCAGACUCUCAGAAUGUGGAUCAGGCUUUGUGGAAGAAUGUCUUUUACCAGGUCAUAGAGCGCUUCCGGCAGUUACUCAAAGACCCUGCCUAUGACAACACCCCUCAUAUCAGGAACAUGUUGCUCACUCUGCUUGAUGAAGGAGCACUCUUCUUUGACGCGCUGCUUCAGAAACUGCAGACAGUGUACCAGUUUAAGUUAGAGGAUUACAUGGAUGGCAUGGCUAUCAGGACUCGGCCAUUACGCAAAACGGUAAAGUAUGCACUUAUUAGUGCUCAGCGCUGUAUGAUUUGUCAGGGAGAUAUAGCACGUUACCGGGAACAAGCCAGCGAUUCGGCCAACUAUGGCAAGGCUCGCAGCUGGUACCUGAAAGCCCAGCAGAUUGCCCCCAAAAAUGGGCGACCAUAUAACCAGCUGGCCCUGCUGGCAGUCUAUACAAAGCGGAAGUUGGAUGCUGUUUAUUAUUACAUGCGCAGCUUGGCAGCUUCCAACCCCAUCCUAACUGCAAAGGAAAGCCUGAUGAGUCUGUUUGAAGAGGCCAAGCGUAAGACAGAGCAGCUUGAGCGAAGGAAGAGGCAGGAGCAUGAAGGUGGCUCCAGGGGUCCAGCGGUAAGAGGAAGAGGAAGAGGGGAAGAGGGAGCACGUGUCGAGAUUUGGAUUCGUCCCAGCGGACAAGCAGCAACCCCAUCCUCGCAGAGGGGGGGCAGUGAGUCGAGCAGAGACUCUGAACAGGAUGGAGAGCUUGGUAGUCUCAGCGCCAGUGACCUAAAUAAGAGGUUCAUUCUGAGUUUCUUGCAUGCACAUGGAAAGCUCUUCACUAAAGUGGGCAUGGAGUCAUUUCCUGGAGUGGCAAGCCGUGUUCUGCAAGAGUUCAGGACGUUGCUCCAGCAUGGCCCUUCCCUACUGGGCAGCACACACAUGCUGCAGAUCAUUACCAUCAACAUGUUCACCAUACACAAUGCCCACAGCAGAGGUGAAGAAGGAGAGGUGCGGUCAGUUUUACAAGAACAAAGCACUGCCCUCGGCCUCGGCAUGUUUGCACUACUGGUGCAGCGUUGCACAGAGCUGCUCAGAGAUACUCCUGCAGAGGCAGUCCUCAUGGCAGAUGGCGAGGAGGAGGGUAAAGGGGAGGAGUUGGACGGUAUGGUGAAGGUCUCUGCCUUCCCACUGGACCUUAGAGAACUACUGCCAAGCAUCAAGGUCUGGUCUGACUGGAUGUUGGGACACCCAGACCUGUGGAACCCACCACCAUGCAGUAUAGAUUGCAGCCCUGAUGUUUGGCAGUGUCUGGCCAACCUGUGUAAUGUGCUGGCACGUGUGGACCAUGGAGAAGUGCCGCUUUACAAAGUUGACACUGAUGAAGCCGAGGGAGAUGAGGAGCUGACUGUGCUGCAGUUGAAGGAAGACAGGCUGCUCGCUGGUUUUGUACCACUGCUGGCUGCACCACAAGAGCCAUGUUACACAGAUAGACACACUGACAUGGCAAUAGCAGCAGAUUGUAAGAGAGUGACAGUGCUCAAGUACUUUCUGGAGGCUUUGUGUGGACAGGAAGAGCCUCUGUUGGCCUUCAAGGGAGGCAAAUACAUCUCUGUGGCAACUUCUCCUCCACCUAACCACUCAGUGGAUGAAAAGAGCAGGCAGGAUUCUAUAACAGAGAAAGAGGCUGAUGAUGUUAUAGUAGAGGCAGAGUCGUCUCUCUCUGCAUCAGAAGGAGAGGAGGACGCAGAGGAGGCAGGAGACAGCGAGAAUGACAUCAGGCAGCUGAAAGCACGGCGCCACGCCCUCGCCAACAAACUGGCACAGCAACAGAAGCGCAGGGAUAAAAUACAGGCGGUGCUGCAGACAAGUGGGCAAUUGGAACUGGAAGUGAGGCCUCUGUUUUUGGUCCCAGAUACCAAUGGAUUCAUUGAUCACCUAGAGGGGCUGAAGAAACUCCUUCAGUGUGGAACAUACAUAAUAGUUGUGCCACUAAUUGUGAUUACAGAGUUGGAUGGCUUGGCUAAAGGCCAGGACAACUUUGGUGGUGGAGUGGGGUCAGGAGGGCGCAACAUUGGCAGUCGUGGCAACUACAAUGUUAGUGCAGCCCAUGUUCGGUCCGUGCAGGAGAAGGCCCGGUUGGCUGUGGGUUUCUUGGAGAAAGGAUUUGAAGCCAGGGAGCCAUGCCUCAGAGCCCUGACAAGCAGAGGAAAUCAGCUCGAGUCUAUUGCCUUCCGCAGUGAAGACACCUCUGGACAACAGGGUAACAAUGAUGAUGUGAUUCUGUCGUGCUGUCUCCACUACUGCAAAGACAAGGCAAAAGACUUCAUGCCUGAUCAGAGAAAUGGGACAGUGAGGCUCCAAAGAGAGGUGGUACUCCUUACAGACGACCGCAACCUGCGUGUCAAAGCUUUGACCCGCAACGUCCCAGUCCGAGAUAUCCCUGCUUUCCUCAGCUGGGCCAAAGUGGGCUGAACCAAGCUAAGCUGGAAUCAAAGGAACCCAACUGCUGAAGCCUGCUUGCCACUCAGCUAGGAGAGAAGACACACUUAAGCAGAGGAAGAAGAGGAGGAGAUAACAGGGGAGAGUAAAUGAAAAAGACAGCAAAGAACCACUACUUAUGAAAUACAAGCAAAUGUAGUGAGAGCAGGGUGGUUUCAGUGAGCUUUUCCCUUGUGAUGAAGUGUGUGUGUGUGUGUAUGUGUUAAGAUCAGCGAGCUUCCACAGAAAGUGACAGGGAGAAGGCUGGACCAGAAGGGAGGAAGGAGGUAAAAAUGGAGUGAUGUGAUUUGUGAAGUAGUCUGGUCCAGCCUCAAGCCUCUGCGCCUAGUUAGUGAGUGCGUGCUCUGCAAGCAGUAUUAAAAUUUGAGGCUGAUGAUAGAAUGAGCCAGAGAGAGGGUGAGUGUUUAUGGUCAUUUAAUGGAUUAAAGACAUCAGUAAUGAGGGCCAUAAGUGGCACUUCCACACUUCUCUGAGGGCCCAGUCUUAUAGACUGCUGUGGCCUCUACAGCAGAGCUGAGAGAAGGGAAGGCAAAGAGAAGCACAGUUGGAUGGUCUGUGUCAGUACAGUAAAAAAUGGCUGACUGCAAUGAGGGUCAGUCGAGAGCCCUCAUGCAACUACAGCACCACCGAGGAAUUGCAAGCAAGUAUAGCAUUUCCUGCUAACCCAGGAAGUGUCUAAUGCCUGUUUGGUAACGUGGGUUGUUCCUCCAGCUUGAAACUAACGUUAAGUUUUGGUAUCGAGAGAAAAUGUUUUAAAAAGUCAACAACAAAAAAAAAUGAUUUAUUUUUUAUUUUCCUGUUUUUUUUACUUGAUUUUGAUCUUGUGUAUAAGAUUUUGUUUCCUUUGUCAAGGCCAUUUCUUCCAUUUUAAACACGUUAAUAAUAAGCAUCUGCAAAGUUUGAACCAUAAUUUAUAGAUUCCAGUUUUUAAAAUCAGAUCUGGGUGCAAAUGUAUUUGUAAAUACUAAUUCAUUUGUGUUUUUGAGCAAUAUAAUGUGUAAGAUUUUGCAUAUCAAGACAAAUUUGUUGGCUUGUAGUGAGUUUUCAGCUCAGUAAAAUUAUACUGCAUUUACUAACUAUAUGGGAUUUUGUCCUUUUGAGAAAAAUCCCACCCAUCUAUCACUUAGAACAGUAUGAAACAAAUACUUACAUACUACUGCAAAUACUACUGACCCAGGUCUCCUUUAGACAUCCACAAUGUUAGGAGAUGGUUUGGUCCUUGACUGUGACUUUGCAGAUACUUAUUAUUCAGUACCACUGGUGUCUAUCAGUGCUUUUGUGCUUUUCAGUUCAUACCCACAGCCUCAGUUUACCUUUUCACAAAAUGUUUUUAAUCACCAUUACCUGUUCUCCUCUUCAGAGUGUGACUGUCUUUUUUGUUUUCAAGGCCAGGUAUCCACUUUUCUUUGGCUGCAAUAAAAUACAUGUGGUACAAGACCACAAAUACAACCUGUAAAAUUUCUGAACAACACCUCACUUGACACAUCGUUGGUCAACACUGAACACAAAAGUAGUAUUUGUGUUUGCGAUUUUGCUCGCUCUUCUUGUUUUGGGAGACAGUUGAGGAGAUUCAGAGUUAUGUCAGUGUAUACCUCUGUGUGCUUUUGAGACAGUGUCUGGUUGCUCAAAAUAGAUAUAAUCACCUCUGUUUUGUUACAUCAUACACAAUUCAUCAUUCACUCACCACAGUUUGUGAUAAAAUAAUUCUGUGCUGUAUAUAGAAGUGGCUAUCCUUCUCUAUAUUUGUCCUGUAUAUCCAGCUAGGCUCGUACAACUUCCAUCAGCAGUUGAUGUUUCUGUAUUUGUGUAAACUGUCAGUACCUCUGUUGUAGGGCUUCUGUAGCUUCUGUCAAGUGGCACUGCUUCAGUGUUUUAGUGACAGCACAAAUGUAGUAAAUACAUAAUCAACACAAAUGACUUUUUCAUCACCCACCAUUAAAAAUGUUUUGAAGGCA